GGGAUAACCCAAAAUCCUUUGCAAACAACUCUCCCCUCAGAGAUCCAGCAAUGCGCUGCAAUUGUCAAAUAUGUUGGCUCCCGGUUCCCUUCAAUCGCAGUGAACUGGUGGCUUGCUGAGAGCAUGUUUGCACUCAAAGGAUUCGAAGCUGCCAUGAUCAACGUACUCAUCGGCCGGAAAUAUAACACCGCUCCACUAUCUGUUGUAAUCAGUACGUGCGUGAACAAAUCUUUGCUUUCCUGGCUGUUGCCAUUUGCUCAAGCUUUAUAG